GUGUACGUAAUAAUGGCCUUUUUUGCAGACAUUUCAGUAUUAGCUAUACAUACAUAUAUGUAUUUGUAUGACUUUAGUUGCUAGGACUUUUGAAAAACAAAUGCUUGUGUAACCAACAAAUCAUAACAUAAAUAUUCAUGUUCCAAUGUUGUAUAGUAAACCCUAAAUUAAAAAUAUAAUAUUGAACUUUUGAAUAUCUUAAUUCUGUGAAUCUGAUUUUCACUUUGCAUACAAUAAUACAGAAAUGAAUAUUGUACAAUUGAAAUCAUAAAAUAAAGAUCAGAAUGCAAAAAUUUGAAAGUCAAGGCAAAAUGAAGAUGGUAUAUAGAAGUCUUGGAAAUACUGGACUUCGAGUAUCGAUCCUUAGUUUAGGUACAAAUAUCACUUUCGGAAACCAGAUACCAGAUGAGAUGGCUCAGAAGAUAGUCACUGUAGCUUACAACAACGGAAUUAACGUCUUUGAGACUGGAGAAUCCUAUUCAAAUGGAGAAGCAGAACGAACAUUGGGUAGGAUAUUAAAUUCAAAGAACUGGAGAAGAUCCAGUUACAUUGUAUGCUGCAAACUAUCAAAAGGUGGAGAAGCUCAAACAGAACAGGGACUUUCAAGAAAGCAUCUUUUUGAAGGUCUUCGUUCUUCCUUGGAAAGACUUCAACUUGAAUAUGUGGACAUUGUAGUUGUAACACGUCAAAAUGAUCUACCAGUUCCAGUUGAAGAAGUUGUUCGAACUUGUACACAUCUUAUUCACCUUGGAUGGACAUUUUAUUGGGGAACAUCUCAAUGGCUACCAGGUGAAAUUAUGCAGGCUCAAACAGUUGCCAGACAGUUCAAUUUAAUCCCUCCAUCUGUAGAUCAAAAUGAAUUAAAUCUUUUAAACAGAAGUCAACUGCAAAAUAUGCGUGAAGUCUGUUUAAAAUUAAAUAUCGGUGUUAUGACAGGAUCUCCACUAGGUGGUGGUAUCUUAACUGGAAAAUAUACCGACACUAUUCCAAAUUUUUCACGUGCCACAUUAAAAGGUCAACAUCAUAUGCAAGAGAAACUUAUCAGUGCUAAAGGAUUAACUCAAAGGGAACAAGUCAAACAAUUGUGUAAAAUAGCAAGUAGGAUUGAGUGUACAAGUGCACAGCUGGCUAUAGCUUGGUGCCUUCGUUGUCCACAUGUCAGCAGUGUAGUGAUUGGGGCGGCCACAGUUGACCAGUUACAAGAAAAUAUGCUGUCGACGCUAAUUUAUCCAAACUUAACACCAAGUAUAAUUUCUGAACUUGAUUCUUUGUUGAGUACAACAGAUUCAGGUGAAAACUUUCUUUAAAAACAUAUCUGUAUACUCAGGUUAUUUGUCAGUAAGAGGAAUUUCUUCAGUGUACGAUAAUGAAUGAGCUACCGAAUAUGCAUUCUACUCAAAACUGGAAAAAAAACUUCAAUUAUCAAGAUUGAUGGACAUAAUACUGAGGAAGAGUUCAAGUGUUAUAGAAAUGAAAUAACAGUAUGCAGAUGAACUUUUCACAGCAUACUUCUCUUUUUCUGAUGUUAUCAGUCUCACCAGUGUAUAUUAUGCAUAAAUUAGGCCAAUAUACUUUGUAAUUUUCCAACAUACUACUUUGAGUAGUACUGUUUUGCGCAUUCGUAAAUUGUAAAAAAAAUAUAAUCUGUCAUAAAAUCUCC